CAGUCGAGCAUCACCGUCCGUCGUCUGGACAACCACUCGACCGCAAACACCGUGUGGUGUUCAUCUCUUGUCUGUUUGGCUCGAAACGGCAGCCCCCCGUCGACUCCACCGCGCCUUGUAACGACGUGACAAUGUCUGAAACGGCAGGCGGUAACAUGCAGCCAUGAGUUGGGGUUGUCUGGUUUGCACCUGUGGACCAGGGACCCCAUGAUGGGUUCAGGACAGUUCCCCGUGCAACCACAACCAACGCGUCGGGGCGACAGCAACUGGGCGCAGUUGGUGAGGGAUCACGGAUAACAUGUCAACGAAGCCUGGUCUUUGGCGGUGUGCACUUCACCAUGUACUCGCCUUUAGCUGUUAUCGCACUCGCCCUCGGUGCCCUCCGAGUGGUGGCCCAGAAUCACACCCACGGCAAGAAUGAGACUCAGCAGGGUCAGAGUUCACAGAGCAACGGCACCGACCACCCGAGCACCUCGCCAAUAGAUGUCAGGCCUUAUCCCCUCAACGCGACCGUCUCUCGCAACCUCACCAACUCGAACGGCGACAUUGUAACAACCCGCGAGCCCCAUCCGUCGGCCAUGCCAUUGCGGUGGGAAGGGCGGGCGUUCGAAUCACCAAACAACGCCUCGUGGUGGGUCGCUGGCAAACAGGCUCGGUUUGCGACGUACACAUCACGACAGGCGCCGUUGGACACAUACUGGCCCGUGUUCGAUGCCCUCUUUCUCUUGUCACACCAAGACAACGAUGUCUUGCCGCAGGAGCUGAACAUUUGGCUAUGGAGACCUCAGUCAGAUCCCUCCAAGCCUUUCGGCCCUAUGCAGCUCGGAGGUGGAGGGUUCAUUGUCGACGUGCCGCCAAACAUCAACGCAUCGGAUGGCUACUACAUCAGGCUUGCAAACGUAUCGGACUCUUCCAUCACUUACUACGACACGCCCAAGUUUGAGAUCAAGAAGGCCGGGGCCAAGGGAAGCGGGGAAGCCGCAAAGCAGGUGCCAGUUGCCGCCGCACUUGUCUGCCUUGGCGUUGGGCUCGUUGCCGUCGCUUGA